AUGAAAUCAUUAUCAGCUGAGGCUAAGAUUUCUUCUGAGUCUGAUUUCAAGAGAUAUAUUGCAUUUCCUUUGGUCGAGGGUAUGGGAGUUGUUACAGCUGUGUACCAUGGGGACUUGAUUCCAAAAAUUCAAGGCAGAGAAGGGAUUCUGACAUUUGAAAAAUUUCGUUUCUCAGAAAAGCCCGGUAAUACUCAGUUUUAUCGAGCCGAGGGGGGAAACUCAGAGACAUGGUUGAUAUCAGUGACCCUCCCAAAUACCGAUGAGACAUUUGAACUAUCUAAAAACAAAGAAGGAGCCAUUCACUUCGUUGAAGGUUCCAAAGCUGUCGACGGUCUUAUCAUUCAGAUCGCAAUUACUUCAUCUGAAGAUGGUACAGAGACAGAAAAAGUAUACCAACAAACUGCCGGAAUGUAUGUCACGGGUACAAAAUUUUCUGGGGACGUGAAUUGUGAAACAGUCAACUACAAGAUCCAAUAUGAGACAGAAGGAUCCUCUGAAAUUGGGAAGCCCAUAUCUUCGCGGACAAUGCAAGGGUAUUUAUCUAAUGAGCUCCUUUUUUCUCAUAAAGUUGACAAUAAGGUUCAGUGGUUGCCUUACUUGAGAAAUAAUGAAAAACUCGAGUACACGAAAGAACAAAUGGAACUUAUUCGUAAAACUGCUAGAGAAGAACUUGAAGGUGUGGAUAUUGAACAAACAGUCUUGAAUAUGGGGAACCAUUAUUUUGUGGGAAAAGUUCUUGACAAAUUUGCACACCUUUUGUAUGUGGUUGAUGAAUUUCUCAAUGAUGAAGUUUUGACUAAGGCUGUCUUGAAAUCGAUGAAGGGAUUUUUUAAAACAUUCAGGGAAAGGAAAGGUGAAAGAGGCUUUUUUUACGACACAAAAUUCGGGGGUGUCACGUCAAAAAGUGCUUUUAGAAACGUUAAAAAUGGGGAAGUUGACCCUGGAAACAUCAACAUAGAUUUUGGAAAUGGGUUGUACAACAACCACAACCAUGAUUACUCCUACUACAUUCAUGCAGCAGCAGUUGUUGGGAAAAUUGACAAGAAAUUUGGAGGAAAUUGGGUUUCAGAAAACAAAGAUUUCAUUAACACUUUUGUUAGAGAUGUGGCCAAUCCAUCUGAAGAGGAUUCGUUUUUCCCCGUGUUCAGACUGUUCGACAUUUUUCAAGGUCAUUCAUGGGCUCAUGGUAUAACUAAUAUGAGGGACGGGAAAAGUCUUCAGUCAACUUCUGAGGACGUCAAUUUUUCUUACGCGAUGAAAAUGUGGGGCCAGGUUAUUGGAGACGAGGCUAUGGAGGCAAGAGGAAAUUUGAUGUUGAGUAUUCAAAAAGCAUCCUUUAAUCUUUACUUCCUCUAUCAGGACGACAACAAGGUUGUGGCUCCUACCAUGUUGAAAAAUAGAGUGUCUGGUUUACUCUUUGAAGCAAAGUUGGCUUACGAAACCUGGUUUGGCAGCAAUCCUGAGUUUAUUAAUGGAAUUCAAAUGUUACCACUCACACCUGCUCUUGGGCUGGUGAGAAGUGCAAGCUUCGCCCAGAAGGAAUGGGACGAAAUCCUAGGAAAAUUGAGCAUUACUAGCCAAUGGGCUGGAAUCUUGAAUUCUAAUCGGGUCUUUUUCGACCCGAAGUCAGCGUGGAACUAUUUUUCCAAUCCUCAAUUUGAUUACCAGAACGAUAUGGACGGUGGACAAAGCAGAACUUGGAAUUUAGUUUUUUCUGCCCCAUUCUUCAACCAAAAACCCCAAAUAUAA